CGCUGGUCAUAUGAUAAUCAUUUUCUUUUGCUUCUAAGGUAGGGAGGGCGUUGCAGGUGACUUAAGACUACCGGUACAUGAAGAAUUAACCUGACGGAUACAAAAUGGAAAAGGUUAAAAUGUAACAGAAGGAAGAUGGAAAAACGAGGACAGUAAGGGGAGAAGGAAGAAAAAAAAAGGAUAUUUCAGAAAUUUAAUAAUAUAAGUGAACAAACCCUUCAUCUCCCACGCUCGCUCGAUGGCAAAAAAAAAAAAGGGAGACUAAGAUUACAAAACCUUCAAACUCAGAUAGAGAUUAUAUAUACCACUCACUCUCCCAACAGCCAAGCAUCGGCCACGAUCUUCGCAAUCCCGAGCCUGACGACGCGAAUGAUAUCGGCAGCCUUCCACCCCUCCGCGCCCUCUCUCCAGUCCCACGCUCGCCGGGCUGUUCCCGCUGUUGCAUCAGCACUAACCAACCCCGAAUCAAUCCCGUCGCGAACACUCUCCCAGCUACUAACCAUGCUCCCAGCGAUAUACCCGCUCUCCGUCAUUCCGUUCGCCUCGCAGGCAUUCCCACUACCCCCGGAAUCUUUAUGCGCGAGUACCCGCUCUAGAAAUUCCUCCGCCCGUCGCCACACAUCGCCACGAACGCACUCAAAGUUCGUAAUCACCUUGAGCACCUCCAUGGCCUGACGCAUGCCGAGGUAGCGUUUUCGCGGGUUGAUGUAUGGCAUCAGCUCGCCAAGGAGAACGGCUAUCAUCCAUUCCUCCACGGCGGAGUCCCAGUCCGCGUCGUAGACACCACCGUCGAGUUUUUCGCCGGCAGAUUUUAGGACGGCUACGAGCGCCUUGACGGCGCGGGAGUGGUCACCCGAGUCGCGGGAUUCGUAGAAGUUGCGGAGGGUGGCGUAGCCGGAGAGCUCGAAGCGGAGGAUUGGUGAGGUGAUUGAGGUCGGGGUUUUCAGGAGGUCGGAGAGGACGGGGUCUAGCGAU